AUGCCGGCAGCGUUGACAGAAAAUGAUAUUAGUACAGUAAAAACUUCAUUAGAAGACAUUGUUAGAGCUUACUGGCCAAAUCGAAUCUUCGGGUUCGAAACAAAUUCGAACCGAGCUUAUAACUUGAACAAAGAAGCAAAUAUAAGUUUAUAUGGUGAAGACGAUAAAAAAAUCGAUAGUGAUUUAAAGUCAUCUUCAAAUGAUGAUCAAUAUUUAAAAAAAGAUUUUGAUAAAGAUGUCAGAAUUGAUAAUAAACUAGAUAAUUUAUUCUAUUUUAUCCAGAUAUCUGAUCUACAUAUAUCGAAGUUUCAAAGGGUUGGAGGAACUUAUCACUUUUUACAUUUUCUUUCAACAGUGAUUCCAGCAAUUUCUCCAAGUUUUGUGAUUGUGACGGGAGAUUUGACAGAUGCAAAAGAUUCAGAUCUAGUAACAUCGAGCCAAUAUGUUGAAGAAUGGAUAACAUAUGAAUCAGCAUUGAUAGAGUCAGGAAUACCUGCUAAAAGAAAAGAGUUUUGGUAUGAUUUACGUGGAAACCAUGACUGUUUUAAUGUUAAGUCAUGGGAAAGUGAAGAGAAUUUUUAUAAAGAAUACGGAAUUGUAAAACAAAAAGGAUUUAAUUUUACCGUUGAAAAACCAUUUGGUAAUUAUACAUUUAUUGGUCUAGAUGCAUGUCCGAAACUUGGUCCAGCUAGGCCUUUUAAUUUUUUUGGUUAUUAUGAAAUUGAAGAUAUGGAUAAUUUGGCUAAUAAAAUUCAUGAUGCAUCUUUAAAUUCUAAUCAUAUCUUUUUGAUGGCCCAUUAUCCUACUGCAACAACAGUUUAUGGUAAAACAUCAAAAGGAGAAAGUUUUCAUGACUUAUCAAGACAUAUCAGUGUUUAUAUUUGUGGCCAUUUGCAUAAGCUCGCAUGGGGUUUGGGUGAAAGAUUACAGACAUAUCAGCCUACAGAUUACCUAGAAUUAGAAUUAGCAGAUAUGAAAGAGCAUGCAGCUUAUCGAGUAAUAGCAAUUGAUCAUGAUCUCAUUAGUUUUGUUGAUUUAAUCUUGCCUUUAAAUCAAGUACCAUUAAGAAAUCAACCAAAGCCGAAAAAUAAUCAAACGAUCUUACCAGAUAGAUUAGCUUUUCCACCUGUUAUACUAAUAACAAAUCCUAAGGACUCCAAAUUUUCAAUGAAACAUCAUGAACCAGUUAAUCGUAUACUGGAUAGUACACAUAUAAGAUUGUUAAUUUGGUCAGAAUAUGAAAUUCAAAAUGUCACAAUUUAUUUGGAUGUGUAUGCUAAAGAUAUUUCAGGACAAGUUGGAUAUCAAAAAAUAGUAUUUAGAGUUGACGGGGAAAGAAGUGAUAUGGAUGGGGGAAUUAGUGAAUUUUUAAUUGGACUUCGUUGGACAAACUUUGUAAGUCAUAGAUUAUUAAAAUUAAAUCUUAGUCUUUAUAAUGAUUAUAAUAAUAAAUUUAAUUUAUUAAUAAAUUAUAUUAUUAGUAAAUUGUUUUUAUUUGUUUCACUAAAAUCAAGAUUAUUUUAUUCGUUUUAUUUUUAUUUAUUAUCAACAAUAACUUUGCCUUGGUUUUAUGGUAAUUUCAUACCAACUACAAAUAAUAGUUAUGGUGUAUUUUGGCUAUAUGGAAUUAAAUUACUAAAUAGCAAUAAUAGUAGUAGUAGUUAUAUUAGCUUUAAUGUUAGAAGUGAUGGUGAUGGUAAUUGGUUACCGAUAUUUGACACUUGGAGUUAUGGCUUAAUGGAUUAUAUUUAUAAUUCUAUUUUAUUAUUUUGUUCAGUCGUUGCUACCAACGACAAUAAUUCUAACAAUAAUGACAAAUCAUCAUCAACAACAACAAAUACAACUUCUCGUAAGACAAUAACAUCAAAUACGAAACAAAAAUCAGAAUCAACUACAAAAAUUUCUUCGACCUCUUCUACUACAAAAACAAAGAAAGUUUCCUCUAAUCCUAAAAGGGCACUUAGUGCUUAUAUGUUUUUUGUUCGCGAAAAUAGAGAAAAGGUUAAAGCUGAAAAUCCUGGUGCAAAAUUUGGUGAAAUUGCAAAACUUGUUGGUGAAAAGUGGAAAGCUUUGAAUGACAAAACCUUUUACAACGAAAUGGCUGCUGACGAUAAGAAACGUUACGAAAGUUGGCAGUAA